UCGGCGCUUCUUUUUUUACCCAUUCAAAGCAAAACGGCAACUGAGAUGCGCUGGCAUUUUACGGAUUUGUGAAUUAUUUGCUUAUGUGAAAAGGUGAAAAACACAAGGAGUUAAUCAUGCCGCCCACGCUGGAGCCGAUUAGUGUGCGCACGGCGCGCCUGAACAACGUGAUUCUCGGGAAAGGAGUCGGCGUCGCCUGUGCGAAGCCCGCUGGAAAUGUUUCUGCAUCCGCCAGGAGGAGCAUCAUCCCGGUGAGCACCACCAGCGCCGCCGUGGCCGAGGCCAUCUGCCGCGAAGGACUCCUGGACGCCUUCUGCCUGCUGUACAACGAGUGCGACAAGGACACGCUGAAGAAGCGGGAUCGCAACAUCGCAGAGUUUGUCAACAAAUUUCGUCCCAUUGUGGAGGAGACCCGCAGACUUCGUGUGAAUGCAGACGACUUCCUCAUAAAGACCCUAAUUGGGCAAGGAUACUUUGGCAAUGUUCAUCUCGUGGUCGAGCGCCAAACCAAUGAUAUAUACGCCAUGAAAAAGAUCAAAAAGUCUGUGGUGACCACCUCACAGGUGAAGGAGGAGCGCGAUAUCAUGUCCACCCGCCAUUCCGAGUGGCUCAUCAAUCUACAAUACGCAUUUCAGGACAACGACAACCUGUACUUGAUAAUGGAGUACAUGCCCGGCGGGGAUCUGCUCAGCUUGAUGUCGCGCCACGGGCCCUUUGAUGAGGAUUUGGCUCGGUUCUACCUGGCCGAGCUCACGGUGGCCCUGCACACUCUGCACGAGAUGGGCUAUGUGCAUCGGGAUAUCAAGCCGGAGAAUAUACUGAUUGAUCGUUUCGGGCACAUUAAACUGGCUGAUUUUGGUAAUGCAGCUGCACUGAACCGGGAUGGUCAUGUGCUGAGCCUUUCACCCGUGGGAACACCGGAUUACAUAGCUCCAGAGCUGCUGCAGACGAUAUCCACCUACAAGUUGUCCAAAUCGAUGCACGAUGUGAGCUGCGAUUAUUGGUCCAUGGGAAUAAUUGGCUACGAGCUAAUUUGCGAGACAACACCGUUCCACGAGGAUAAUGUACACGAGACGUACUCCAAAAUUCUCUCUCACUGCGAGGAGAGUCACCUAAAAGAGCUGAUCAGCUUUCCCACCGACUUGAAGGUGUCUAUUAACUACAGGAACCUCAUUGAGUCACUGGUCACGAAUCCAUCAAAGCGAUUGUCCUAUGAGCGUAUUAAGAAACACCCCUUCUUCGACGACGUUCCCUGGAGUUCCAUUCGCUCCCAGGUGCCUCCCAUAAUUCCAACUGUUAGGUCUGACGAUGAUACCUCCAAUUUCGAGGACGGGACUCGACUGAAGACUCGCCGAGAACAGGGAGUUGCCAAAAAGUCGCUCACGACCAACAUGAAAUCCAAUGAUUUCAGUGGCAAGGAUUUGCCAUUCAUAGGCUAUAGCUUUGUGCACAUGGAGAAGUCCGCAAUCUCCGCUUCUACCGAUGAAAAAUUGCAGGAGAAAUUGAAAGAAUUGCUGCAGAAACUUAAGACUAGAGAGAAUGAGAUUUCCAUGCUUAAACAAGAUCUGUUGCGGGCACAGCAGUCCCUUAAAAAGACCGAUAGCAAAUCUCAGGUGGUAGCCGAUGCCAAAAUGGAAAUUAAGAAGCUGCAGCAAAUAAUAAAGGAGAAAACUAUGGAACUGAGCACCUGCAAGACGCAGAUCAAGACACUCCAGAGUUCGGCUAAAAUAGACGAGGAAAUGUGGUCCAAAAAGGAAGCUACUAUAACCGAUCUACUUCGCCUGAAUCGCCAAAAGUACGAAGAAGCCAAGAUCGCCUCGGAGCAGCGAUAUGAGAAGCAAUUGGCCGACAAAAAACAAGAGCUGGCAUCCACGCUGCAGAAGUUAGAUGCCCGCGAACUGGAGUUCAAUGCCAAGUUCGAAGAGUGCAAGCAUAUUUCCAUGAAGCUACAGAACUACAAGGACAUGCUGCAGCAGCUAAAGGAGCAGAACCUUCAAUCCGAGACCAAUAAUGAGGAGCAGAAGCGCCAAAUGGCCGAAUCGUAUGAGCAAAAGCUGGCAGAUCUCCGGAAAAAGGUGCGCGACUCACAGGAUACACAUCGCCGCAUGACAAUGGAGAUAAAGGAAAUACGUACCGAACUGGACGAGUCCAUCUGCUCCACCAAGUCAACGCAGGAAGCGAAGAACGCGACAGAGCGAAGCAUCGAGGAAAUACUGAGGCGACUGAACCAGGAGAUUGCCUCAAAUAAUGAACUUCAUGCGGAGAAAGUUAAACUGGAGACGAAGCUGCAGCUAAGGGAAAAUGAAUCUCAAGAAGUCAGAGCAGAAUGCCAGCGACUUGAGAGGGAACUUCAGCUUGCCGAAUGCCGCUGUCAGCUGGCCGAAUCCUCGCUAGCUUCGCACACUUCUCCGUACGAAACUGCACCAGGAUCUCUGACCGAGCUGAAUGCCAUCGAAGAUCAACUGCGUGCCGACUUAAUAGCCGCCAAAGAGGGUGAGACCCACCAAAAGGGACGCGCCGAUCAACUCCAGACGCUGGUCACCAAACUGGAGCAAAUGCUGGAGCGAUUUAACGAGCAGAGUCUCUCACCCACGAAAUCCCACACAGCCCGUAAGCAGGAAACCGAAACCGUGGGCGAUAUGCUCGAGCGGCAGAACGAGAAACUGGAGGACAAAUUGGCAGCAGUGCGGGAACAGAUGAUUGUGGAACGUCAGGCGGCGCGAACGGCAAAUCUUUCGCUCUGGAAAGUGGAGAAGCAGCUCGAGGAAGCCUUGUCCGAGAAGAAACUACUGGCACGCCGCAUGGAACUCACCGAAGAUCGUAUUAAAAAGGCACAAAACGCCAACGAGGAAUCACAGAGAAUGCUAAAGUCCUCCAAGGAGGAAACUCGCCAGCGGGAAUCGCGGAUCGAGGAGCUCAAGCAGGAACUAGCGGGUGCCAAAAGAGAUGUCCUCAAGGAGCACCGUCAAUGGGAAAAGGCCGAGCAGGAGCGCAUGAAGUGCAAAUCGGAGAUAAUCGAACAUUUGGCCAAUGUGCACAAGUUAGAACAGCAGGAGGGUGAACUGCGCCAGAAACUAAAGCAAGUACAAACCCGCUUUGAUGGCUUGACUUUGGAGCACAAGAACACCAUGAGGGAACUGCAGGAGGAGCGUGAAAAAAGUAGAAAAGCCAACGAUUCCAGCUUGGCUCUGCAAAAGGAACUUAAACAGCUCUCGGAGAACUUCCAGAGGUUGAAGUACGCUUGUAGCAUCACCGACAGCCAGCUAACCGAGGUGGAAACUAUGCUGAAAUCCGAGCAGGAUCGAAACAAGUCCCAGAAAUCCCAGCUAGAUACUCUUCAUGAAAAAUUGAGGGAGCGAAACGAUCAAUUGACUGAACUUCGCAAGGAACUGUCUACAAUUGAAUCCGAAAAGCGUCUAGCGGAGCAGCGCGCCCAAGUUCUAACAUCGGAAAUCGAGGAGCUUCGUCUGAACCUCAAGGAGCAGCAAAAGAAGCUGGUGGCGCAGCAGGAUCAGUUGGUGGAGCAGACAAACGUGCUGUUUGCCACCCAAGAGCGAGCAGAUCUUCUCGAUGGUCAAAACGCCAAUUACGAAGCCCAAACUGCGGAUUCAGAGAGGGAAAUGGUUAGCCUGAAGGAGGAAAAUGCACGUAUUCUUAGCGAGCUUUUCCACAAAAAAGAGGAGGUGGCCAACCUCCAGGCGGAGAUAAGGGAUUUGGAGUCGGCGCAAGCUGAAUUGCACGCGGAAAUAGAUUCCAUUCAAGACACUUUGGCCGAAAAGGAGCAGUUCUAUGUGCAGCGCGACAUCAAGUCAAAUGCAACUCUUGCCCAGCACAAAAAGCUGAUUGACUACCUUCAGCUAAAAGUUGAGGACCUGUCCUCCAAAAAGAAGAAAACCCUGGCAGACAAGAUCUUUGGAUCCAGUCACACCAACAAGGAGAACAUUUCAUCCAACGAUGUGGAGUCCUCUAUUCUCUAUCGUGCUUUAAAAGAGGAACUAAAGAGGGAAAAGAAGCUAAACAGUAUGCUAAAGGAUCAGCUUGCACAGCUAAAUGGAACUGCAACCCUGCGUUCUCCUCGUAAAUCGGCUGCUGUAAAUGGCGACUCCGAUGCACCCAAGCAGAGACCAGUUAGCAUCGCAGUCUUGCCGCGUUCCCCACAGAAGCAGCAGUCUUUGAAGCGCACCACUAGCCAAGUGGAGUUGAAGACCACGGAGAAGGCGACCAAAGCAGCCAGUGAGGACCAAGCCCAUCAUCGUUUCGAACUGGCCCUGCAAGAGUCCAAGGUAGAUGCCUCAGAUUGUGUGGUUUGUGGCCAGGCCAUUGUAGCAGGUUCCCCCUUCUGGAAAUGCAAGGAGUGCAAAGAUGUGGCACAUCGCAAGUGUCGUGCUAAUGUUCAGGGAAGUUGCGGAACAAAGCCAACAGCUCCACCGGCCGAUGAUCUUGGCAGCAUUCCAUCUGUCUCAAGCUUAACUUUAAACAGCGCCGAUGUGGCUGGUGCAACGGGUAGCAGUGAAUACAUAGGAUCGUUGGUCUACAGCUCCGAUGGUCCAGAUGAUCAGGCUGCUAAGAAGGAGAUUGAAGUGAACUGCGCCUUCGAGGUGGCCGAGCAGCAAAUUCUCCUCUUGGGCUGCAACACCGGUUUGUAUGCCUAUCACUUGGGCAGCCAGCGACUAGUGCAUAUUUCUGGCCUCGAGUCUGUAAGCUGCAUGUCCAUCUGCAAGCGCCUGGCGAAGGCCAUCAUGGUGGGCACGGUGGGCGAGAAGCUCUACCAGUGCGACUACCGGCAGCUGGAAUCGCGUUGUCAGAGCUCCAGUGGCUGCCAUAAGCCAGUGCUGGAGACUUCGGCCAUUGAGCUGCCCUUUGCCAAUCGCACGCCAUCGGAGAAAUGGAAGCUGGUGCUGAUUUCCGACGAGGCGGAGAACGCUUUGGAUUCGGUUGCCAUUGCGGCAACUUCGACAAGGAUUGUCAUCUUGAAGUACGACCUUAAGUUGCACAUGUUUAAGCCAGUUCGAGCCUUGGACACGGCAACGCCAGUCACCUCUAUAUUCUUCACGCGUCAUUCGGCUAUUGUUAGCUCGGAUAAGUUUUACGAGAUCGAUUUGGACAAUUAUGCCGCCGAGGAGUUUGUGGAUCUAUCGGACAAGUCGAUGGAAAGCACUGCCAAGUGCCAGCCACUUACCGCUGUGCGCAUUUCUCGACAGGAAUACCUCCUGUGCUUUGCCGAAUGUGGAGUCUUUGUGGAUGAGUUUGGCUGCAGAUCCAGGCCCUACGAUAUAAACUGGGUAUUUGCACCCACCGGCUUCGUUUACCGCGAGCCCUUCUUAUUCAUUGCCCACUACCAAAGCGUGCAGAUUGUCCGCUUGCAUCGCUCUUUUAGUAAGGAGCUGGCCAACGAGGACAACGCAUCGGAGACUUGUGAGUCGCCGGAACUGCAGCGCGUCUACUUGCCCCACUACAUGUCCACUCUGCUGGCGAACAGUGGCGAUGUCAAUCUGUAUGCCGUGGCGAUCGAUCAGAGACCUUGCAACGGAACCCAGAAGAUCUAUCACUUGGACACAAUGCAGGCGUUUAAGCAGAAGUUUAAUGUGUCCAUGGAGACCAUUUCUUCGGUGGCCACUUCCGUGACUUUGGGCUCAGCGAUGACCGGCAAUAGUUUGUAGAAGAUCAGCUUAUUUUCACCAGGUAUAAGACGAGAUAUCGUAAUACUACAAUCUCAGUAGUACAUAACUUUAAGAUUAAUAUAUUCUAUGUUUUAAUUCGUUUCUUGACCAUCUUUGAAAUCAUUUUAAAAAUUGUAAGCAAAAUGAUUUUAAUAUAAAAGAAAUUACCAUUACUUUGUGUGCUGUCUUCACAAAUAAAACAUUCUUUAUCACUAUCA